UUAUCAUUCGUGCGAAGUCCAUAACUGUGUGACCUUUUGUACACAACUUGAGCAUUAUGUUACAAAAGGCCACACAUCGUGGACUGCACCCUUUUUCCCACAAGGUGGGAGGAAGUCCACGACCGCGUGAGUUUUUUUGUGUACAACGUGACCACUAUGUUCCGAAACGCCACAUAGUCGUGGACUGCAUCUUUUGUCGUGCAAGGUGCGCUAAGCUUCUGUGGCACAUGAGGCAACUGCACAAUUUCAUGCAAACAGCCUUACAAUCACGUAGAGAGUGUGCCUCUCCAGGAAGACUGCAGGCAGGCACCCAAGCAUCAAGAUGACUUCGUUGCCGCAUUCCGUCGAUGAAGCCGAAAAGUUUUUGGCUUUGGUUAAAGACUAUGCAGCAGAAAACAAGCGUGCCGAGAAUUUUCUGCGAAACCUCAGGGUGCGAAGUGCUGAAGUGCAGGCAGAUGUCGAGAGAGAGGCUGCUGAGCUGGCAAGGAGGAAACUACAGGAACAACGGGCUGAAGAGGAGAGAGAAGGAAUGAUUGCAGAAUUGACAUCCAUUCAGGCCAUUGCAAAUGCAAAGAAGGAGAGAGUUGAACAGCUGCAGAGUAGAAUUGCUGAGGGGAACGACAUAGACGACAAACUGUCGGGAUGCAGCGUGGGUGGGAAGGGGAAGGUGUGGUGUGGUGGUGUCCACCUCUGGGAAUCGUUUAUCGAGGACAUGAUGCAUGUGAACAAUACGAUCAGGAGCCUAAAGGACAAGUAUGGGAAGGUUAAUUUGGAAGAGAAACUUCAUUUGAAGAAAAUGGAGCUUAAAGAGCAACAGCAGAGGCUGCAAGCGCAGGUGCAGUCAGCAACACAGAAGGAAUCUGGCCCAGGAGUUGACCCAGGAGCGGUUGAAGCAAACUGCCGGUGGGAGGAGAUUUCAAAGCUGAAGCUGGAUAUCUCCAGCGCAGAGGCAGAGCUGUCGUCAUUGAUGCAAUCACUGAGUGAAAAGAAGAAAGAACACCAAGCACACCAAGAAAAGUAUGAGACGUUUGUCCUUGACAGAUAUCUUGUUGCUGCUGAUGUGGCCAAGAAGAAUGCUGAGCUGGAUGAGCUCAACCGUACGCUGAGGCAGAAGUUGCAGGAAAUGUACAAGUGUGAAAACUGUGGACAUGACAAUCUGGUCAGCGCUUGAGGUCAGCGCUCUCGGCUGCAGGAAUUGCAGGCUACAAAUGCAGGAUGCCGGCGCAAGGUCUAUCUACAGGGAACGUGUGAACGAGCGACUAGCAGUAAAGUGGCGAUGACAAA